AUGGCCAAUAGUGUUGUGGGGCUAUUAAGCCUCGUCUUCUUCUUGUGCCUAGGACUGUCUUACGGUGCUGAACUGAGUGAGGGCAUUUAUGGCAAUGACGUCCCACAAGAGGACGUGGAUCUUUUGGAGUUCCCUCUAAACCUAGAGUACUUUGAGGCAGAGUUCUUCUCAUGGGGGGCUUUGGGACAUGGGUUGGACCAACUUGCCCCUAAUUUGACAAAGGGAGGUCCCUCCCCCACCGGCGCUAGGGUCGCCAAACUCGACCCUUUGAUUCAAGACAUCAUUGCCCAAUUUGCCUACCAAGAAAUCGGGCACUUACGGGCAAUUCAAAGUACAGUAAAGGGAUUUCCAAGACCAUUAUUAGAUUUGAGUGUGAACUCAUUUGCAACCGUGAUAAAUAGUGCCUUUGGACGAAAAUUGGAACCACCCUUUGACCCUUAUGCCAACUCCAUUAACUAUCUCAUUGCAUCUUAUGCAAUUCCUUAUGUUGGACUCACGGGCUAUGUCGGAGCAAAUCCUAGACUCAAAGGUGCUACUUCCAAGAGGCUUGUUGCUGGCCUUUUGGGCGUCGAGUCGGGUCAAGAUGCCGUCAUUCGGACACUCCUUUACCAGCAUGCACUAGAGAAGGUCAAUCCUUAUGAAAUCUCAGUGGCAGAAUUCACGGAUCGAAUUUCUAAGCUAAGGGACAAACUAGGGCACGAGGGCUUGAAAGAUGAAGGGCUCAUAGUCUCUAAAGCAGAAGGAGCGGAAGGACAAAUUUCAGGCAAUGUCUUAGCAGGAGACGAGUACUCAGUGGCAUAUGCGAGGACUCCAGAAGAGAUAUUGAGAAUUGUCUAUGGCAGCGGGGAUGAACAUGUCCCUGGGGGGUUCUACCCUAAGGGAGGAAACGGCAACAUUGCCAAAUCUAGCUUGCGUAAAUCUUAAGGGAGAAACCACAUUAUAUUGCGAAGUUCUGGAGCCUCAAGAUAUAUUUUUAUAGUGUUGGGAUUGGACCCUAUGCAAUAAUAUUAUAAAAAUAAAAUAAUUGAAAAUUAGUUUUA